ACCAUCCACUACUUAUUCUCAAAUUUUCAAGCAAAUCGAUCCAUUCUGUAAAAAUUGCGGGGUGAAAAGCUUCGGUUCCUGGACUAAAUAAUGAACUAGAGACAACAAAGAAUUGUAUUUAUAAAAUACCUUGUGAAUGCGAACAUUUUUAUUUAGGUGAAACAUCAAGACCAUUAAACGUUAGAAUAAGUGAACGUCAGUCUUAUAUUAAAAAUAAAGAAUUUGAUAGAUCUCAAAUAUGUAAGUAGGCUUUGGACAAUGAACGUAGAGUUCAGUGUAAAGAUUCAAACAUAGUAUCUACUGAAAGAAUCAGGACUAAUGUAUGUUACAUGAAAUCAGUUGUGUCGCAAAUUCCUCGUCAGAAUACAGAAGUAUAUAUUCAUAUUCAUAUAAAAUCAGAGUUUGGUGUCAAUUUUGACAGUAAACUGAAUGUUAUGUGAGCACCACACUCUCGGCGAAGUCGAUCGAAGUUCAACAAGUACGAGAGUGUAGACGGCCACUUUAUGCUACUUUGCUGCGCCUCGGUCUACUUCCAUUCUGAGGCGGUUUUUGCGAUCGAGUCAAAGGGAUCGAUGUCGGUAUCGCACCGCCUGAAUGUGUUCCUCGCGAAGUAGAACGAGUGUGUAGUUACGGGUACUUCGGACGUCGGUCAUUUUUGGCGAAGUAACUUCGCCGAGAGUGUGGUGCUCGCAAGACCAAAUACUUACCAUGUCGGGAUAAUAUCAUGAGGUUUUUUCCUGGUUUGCCUCGUCAUUUACUAUGGAAUCACUAACACGAGAAUAUUACUGUUACCAUUGCAUGUGGUUGUCUUUUUAAAUUCAAAUCACACGCUAUGAUUUUAUGACGGAUAUUCUUACGUUAAAGUUGAUUUCAUAUAAUCGAAUGAACUAUCUUCCAAUAAAAUCGUCCCAGGAACGCAACUCAUAAAUAUUGACAAUAUCAUUUUAAAGUCGUCUACUUUAAAAUGUAUUAAUAUAUGUCUUCUGAAUUGUCAAUAUGAAAAAGUCUGACUAAAUUAAAUUAUUAGAAGAAUUUUUUUACCAAAAGCAACAUAAACAAACUUUUUUUAAUUUCUUAAUAUUUUGUAUUUCGAUAACUAUUUACGAAGUGGAAGUCGAAACGUCAAUAAAUUUAAUUUCCAACUUAAAUUGUGGCUUAUUUCCCCAGUAAAAUAGUAAAUUAGGUAUACUAUGUGAGAAUGUUAAAUCUUGGAAUGAGGAGUUCUCCAGGCAAGCUUCCAAAACAUUUCCGCGUUUCGGAAUUAUUUUAUGUAUUUUUAAAUUAUACUGCUGGUUUCGGUUAGUAAAAAAGCCAAUAAAAGGUAUUUAUUUUUAGAAUAAAUCUGCAACCAAACGAGUUCCUACAUCACGUGCAAGACAUUUUUUAAAUAAAAUAUUUUUGUGCAUUUUAACAUUUGAACCUCUACUUAAAAUAUUUGUUUAAGUUGAAAGGGCGAUAAAUAUAGAAUUGUAUUUAUAACCUCCAUCGCCAACUUCCUUGAAAUCAAUCGAAUAAUAAAAUGAAUGAAAAGUGAAUAAUCUUACUAAAUAUAACCUGACAAAGGCUUUAAAAGUACUACUGUGGAGUUUCGUAGUGAUUUCUCAACAGUCGAACAGUUAAGUGUUUUGAGCUGCAUUCUUUAAACAUUUGUGUUAGUCCAAAAUAUAUGAAUAAAUAAAAAGGAUCUAGGAUCUGUAAUCCACUAGAUAGAUUCCAUGAUCUCCAGUUUUUUUCUAUUGCAGUUCUGUUGAUGCUGGAACUGAUGCUAGAACAAACCUAAUACAAUCUGCUGGACUGCAUUUUGAAAUAAUUUUUUUUGGAGAUUCCAUGAUCUCCAGUUUUUUUCUAUUGCAGUUCUGUUUGAAACUGUUGCAGCGUUGAUAGUUUUGUGAUAUACGAACGAAUAGUAUCACAGAAACCGUCUUCGACUAAAGCUAGAAGCUAAUCUGUCCAACUGAUUUGUAAUUUUUUUCUUGUUUCCACGCUUAUAUCUUUAUUCUUCAUGUAUUUUUACUGCUGGCAAAGACAAUGCAACUUUUUUUGACAAAAGUAUUUUAUUUUUCAACAUUCCAAAUUAUAAUGCCCUUAUUGCAAAUUGAUGGGUCCAAAUCGUGGAAAUAGCUAUUUACAGUAGCCAAAACUGGGGCAUAGGGCGAAUAAACCGCUAACUGAAAGUUAGUUGUAAUAAUAAAUGGCCAUAAAACUUGUCAUUUUUUGCCUUUUUCUUUCCUUUUAGAAGUAUGUACUUCUAAGAUUACAAGGCUUCUUCUUCUUUAAGUACCGUGCCCAAAUUUUUAGGCGUGGCUUCCAUAACAAUUUGCCGAUAUCGUUCUCGAUCUUGUGUGGCAUGUAACAAUUGAUCUGCUGAUAAGCCAGUCCAUUGACGAAGGUUUCGGAGCCAUGAAUAUUUAUUUCGACCAAUUCCUCUUUUUCCGUCGAUCUUUCCAUUGAGUAUUAACUGCAGCACCCUGUAUCUGCUACCUCUCAUUAUAUGCCCCAGAUAUUCAAGUUUUCUCUUUUUUAUGAUCUUCAUUAAGUCACCUUCGCCUUGACCUACUCUGUUUAAGACUUCUCUGUUUGAAAUGCGUUGAUACAAGGCAUAGUUUUCAAAAUCAUCUACUCUGACACAAUCUUCUUUGAUGGCUGAGAAGAUAACCUUUAUGUAUCGGUGAUUUGGACCGAGGUAUUCUGUUUCAGAGUACAGUGGUAGACCAAAGGUUUAUCGAAGAUUAUGAAACGGCGCCAAUGGGAAGAAACGGUUUAGUUUUUGCUCCGGUACUCCGCACUGGCGAAGCGUCCAUGUAACCAUUGUUACCAUUGGUAACAGUUAAAAUUUGUAAAUAAAUAUUUUAUGACUAUUACGAAAUAAUUCCAUUCAUAUUUUUUAAAAAUAGAAAUAUUUGUUAAUAGUAUCUACCUAAUUCAGUAAAAUAGCCAACUAGACGCACGAAAAUAUCAGCGAGUUUAUGUAAAAUCGGUUGCACGUUAUUAUAAUACGCCCUUACCACAGUAUAAAGAGGUUCCAUAUUUAUUAUACUGUGCCCUUACCGUGCGCCGCGCCGUUUACCACUUCUGUGAGUGGCAACGAUAGUCAGGGUUGCCAACGACCGAACCUCGUUUUCUACUAGAUUUAUAUAUAAAACCUACCAAAUUCUACUAGAUUGAGGAUAAAAUCUACCAAAAAUUCUACUAAAUUAUUUGCUCACAAAUGACACAUGACAGCCAAAAAAGAAGAAAAAAAUGACAGAUGACUGCCCAAAAAAACAAGAAAUGACAGAUGACAGCCGAAAAAGAAGAAGAAAUGACAGAUGACAGGCUAUUUUGUUAUAUACAAAAACCAUUUUUAUUUAAAAUAUAAUAAUUUUUAUAAAUAUUUACAUGAACAACAACUGAAAUUUCUAAAAAAUAAUUUUAAAAAAUGUUAAAUACUUAUUCUAUAGAAAAAUAUAUCCUCUCUAGGAGAAAGUGGUGAAAACAAGAGAAACAAGUUACAUUUUAACUAAUACCAUUGUUUAAGAACUAUUGUCCAAGUAAAAAAUACUGUAGAAUAGCUUUAAGCCGGUGAAAUAUGAUAUUCUUCAAAUAUAGAUGUUAGGUCAAACGUUUAAGAAGCGGCCCUUUGUGAAAGCAUCUGUGUUUUUACGGCCAGACCUCCCGCAUAUCUAUUCACAAGUUUCGUGCAAAAGAUUAGUUUUAGUUCGGUAGCCUAGCAGUGUAUUAGUACUGGAGUGUACGUGUGUUAAGUGAUACGAGUGUUUUGUUUGCUGUAAUUAUUUUUAAUAUUGGUUUAGUAUUUCGUUUGGAGAGUGUCAAGUGUUGAUUUUUGUAAUUUAAUUAAUGUGAAUAGUGAUGUGGCGCCCGUGGGAUAAUGUAAAUAUCGCGUACGAUAACGCUGAUAUUGUAGAAAUUGCCAGUGCUAGUGUGAAUGUAAUUACUAAAAAAAAAGAGAUCGUAAAGAAGAUUCGAAUGCAUUUAAAUGCAGAAACACAGCAAGUAUGUUUGAAUGUAUACAAAAAUCUACGUACGAAAUUCGGCUUCGAUGAAACACUAUUGGCACAAGCCACCUCUGAUUUAACAGAAAUUCCACUUUCUACUGUAUAUAAAAUAGUUAAAAAUGAACCCUAUCAUCGCAAGAAACGAUGUGACUACAAAUUUUCAAGACCUUUAAAUCCUUCACUUAUAAAACUAUUGAAAACCACAAUAUACGACUGCUACAAAAGCAAUGAAAUACCUACAAUAGAAAUAAUAAGAAAGAAAUUGGAAACAACCGGUCGAAAUAUGAACUGCUGUGAGAAAACUCUUCAAAAUUGGAUAAAAAAAAUGGGCUUUAAGUUCAAAAAAAUAAAUAAACGUCAAGCAAUUAUGGAAAGCCAAAGAACAGUCAACAGACGUAAUAUGUACCUAGAAGAAAUUACUAAAUAUAGGCAAGAAAAUAGGAGAAUUUAUUAUUUAGAUGAAACUUGGUAUGAUACCCACGAUACAGUAAAGAAAGGAUGGACAGAUGGUUCAAGCAUGUGCAUACCAGAAAUGCCUGCAAAUAAAGGCUUGCGACUAAUUAUUGUACAUUGCGGAGGAAGUGAGGGAUGGGUUCCGAAUGCUUUAAAAUUAUGUGGGAAGAAAAUGGAAGAUUGUAACGUUGACUACCACAAGAAUAUGGAAGCUGACAUUUUUGAAGAUUGGUUUGAAAACUCGCUGAUCCCAAACUUGGAGAAAAACAGCGUAAUAGUGCUUGACAACGCUUCCUAUCAUUCCCGACAACUCACUAAAAUACCAAAUACAUCUUCAAAGAAAGCUGACCUACAAAAUUUUUUAAUGGAAAAUGAUUUGUAUUUCGAAGAUUUUUACACAAAAAAACAACUUAUUGAAGUUCUACACACAAAGCAAUUUAGAAAAUUAUACGCUCUAGAGAGUAUUGCCGAAAAGCAUGGACACACUAUAUUGAGACUUCCCCCCUACUUUUGUGUUUUCAAUCCUAUUGAGUUAAUUUGGGGACAAUUAAAACCAAGUAUAAGGCGUUCAAAUAAAUUUCCUAAAUUUGACAAAAAGGUAAUUGAGAUCAUUAAAAAAGAAGUAGCCAAUAUUACCAAAGUAGACUGGCAGAAAAGAAUCGCCAAAGUGAUUCAAAGUGGAAGAAUAUUAUAAGAAGAUUGGGCACUUCCACAUUAUUGGUGGAAAUAAAUUUAUUAUUGAAUUGGGCGAUGAUAGUGACGAAGAAAAUACGGAAGAAGGAGAAAAUGAGUUAAGUGUAUCAGUAUUUUAAUUGUUGUGUUGUGCAAUUCAUUUUCCAAGCAUAAGUGUACUAAUGAAAAGACUCGGUUAAAAAAAUAUUUUUAGAUUUUGUAUUUUUAAUAAAAAAAAAGAGCGGGGACAUGCUUGCAUUUUGUGCUGAAUUUUAAAGUUUUGAACUGUAUACCUAAAGUAAUUUUAGGUCUAACUGUGUUUUUAUAAAGUUCUUUUAGUAUCAGUAAUUCUAAUAAUAACAAGAUUAAUUAUAAAAGCUAUUCUACAUCAGUUAUUAAUGCAAGCAUGCGGUAAGAGGGAGGUCCCUGUGAGGUUAAA